GUGUGUGUAUAUGUGUGUGCGUGCGUGCCGCUGGCCCCCGUACCUGGCCAAACCCACCCCCUCCACCUGGGCCCUAUACCCUCACCAUGUGUACCCCUCUCAUCAGCCCUGGAGCCGGGGCAGCCACGCCACACUGCUGUUCCCGAGAGCUCUAGAAAGCUGGUCCCUAACUUUGCAGACGGAUGAGCUCUGAGCAGCCAGAGGAGACUGGGGCUGUCAACGCGGCCCCCUGUCCUGCCAGCGUGGAUCCCCUCACAGGGUCUUCCUAGGCUCGGCACUGGAACCCUGACCAUGGGACCUUGAAGUGGCUCUGACCUCCUCAGCUCAGUGGCAGACCCCACUCCCCCAGGCCCUUCCUGCCCCUCCCACAAACAGCUUGCAGGCUCCCAGAGGGAGGGGUGGGGAGGAGAUCCUGAUCUCGCAGGGCAGGGGGCUUCCAUCAUGAUGCUCAACUCAGACACGGUGGAGCUGGACCUGCCUCCCACCCACUCCGAGACCGAGUCAGGCUUCAGCGACUGCGGGGGCGGGGCGGGCCCCGAUGGGGCUGGGCCUGGGGGUCCCGGAGGGGGCCAGGCCCGGGGCCUGGAGCCCGGAGAGCCCGGCCGGAAAGACCUGCAGCACCUGAGCCGGGAGGAGCGGCGGCGCCGGCGCCGGGCCACGGCCAAAUACCGCACGGCCCACGCCACGCGGGAGCGAAUCCGCGUGGAAGCCUUCAACCUGGCCUUCGCCGAGCUGCGCAAGCUGCUGCCCACGCUGCCCCCCGACAAGAAGCUGUCCAAGAUCGAGAUCCUGCGCCUGGCCAUCUGCUACAUCUCCUACCUGAACCACGUGCUGGACGUCUGACGGGGCCUGCCUCCGGCCUCGCGGGAGUCCGCAGGCCCCUCUCCCCCGCCCCUGC